AACUGAGGGACAUUCUUACUUCCACAGUCUUUUCACCUUGACAAAUCAUGUCAGUCUUUCGCAAUAGUAAGACUUUCAGCAUACGGAGUGCAUUCGGGUCAUCUAGCCUGGGUUCCUCUGGUGGAAUGGUCAUGAAUGGAUUGGGGAGUUCAGGUGUCUCUUUGUCUUUUGGUAGACAGAAGUAUGGAAGCUCAGGGGGCAAUGGUGUCCGCAUCUCCAGGUCUAUGUCCACUUCAUCCUUGGUUAUGCCUGCUAACGAGGUCACACUGUAUGCUAAUGAGAAACAGACAAUGCAGAAUCUUAAUGAUCGCCUGGCAUCUUACCUGGAGCGGGUGCGCACUUUGGAGCAUGCCAACGUGAAACUGGAGCUGCAAAUUAAGGAGUUUUACGACAACAAGUGCCCGCUGAAGAGCAAAGACAUGAGCAGUUAUUUUAAAACCACCUCAGAGCUCUGCACACAGAUUCAUAGCCAUAUAGUGCAGAACACUGAGCUCCGUCUGAUGCUGGACAAUACCAAGCUCGCAGCUGAAGAUUUCCAGAUGAAGUAUGAGACUGAGAUGAACUUGCGUAUGGUUGUGGAUGCAGAUUUGGUUCGAUUGCGUGGGGUUCUUGGAGAGAUUAAAUUGUCUGUUGGAGACCUGGAGAACCAGCUCAAUGGGCUGAAGGAUGAGCUGCUGUACAUCAAGAAGAACCAUGAAGAGGAUCUGCAUUUGUUGCGUGAACAGCAAUCUGGCUCUGUUAACGUUGAGAUCGACUGUGCAACUCAAUCACACCUUGACAAGGAACUGCAGGAGAUGAGAGCUCAGUAUGAGACCCUUAUUGAAAAAAACUGCAGGGAGGCUGAAAAAUGGUUUCACAGCAAGGCAGAGGUUUUGCAGACUCAAGUGACCACCAGCAGUACUGAGAUCAAGACAUCUCAGACUGAACUCACUGUUCUCAAGAGAACUUUCCAGAGCCUUGAGAUAGAACUACAAGGGCUUUUCACAAUGAAACAACAGCUGGAGCAAAGUGUUACUGAUGUGGGCCUGCGCUAUACGGUCCAGCUGAGUCAGCUGCAGUUGCGCAUAGACCACCUGCAGGAGGAGCUACAGAGACUCAAUGCCAACAUGCAGCAUCAGUCCUCAGAGUACCAGCUGCUGCUGGACAUCAAGAUGAGGCUGGAGAUGGAGAUCGCUGAAUACAGGAGGCUGCUGGAUGGAGAAGCGCGAGCGACUGUCAUAAGCACGUCUGAAUCUUUAAUGACUAAAAGUCAGAGACUGACAGAGACAGUGACCAAAUCAGUGGAGAUAAAGGAGGAAGAGGAAGAGCAUAACCCUCAUCACCAGCGCAGAGUGAAGGUCAUUGUGGAGGAGCUUGUGGAUGGUCAAGUCGUGUCCACUUCAGUUGAUGAAAAACUCCAGGAAGUCAACUAAGAAGAUAAUCCAACAAGAAAACACAUGCAAAGAUUAAUAUAUGCUUUUCAAUGGCUUUUCAGCAAUUUUUUUUAGCAGAAAAACAAUUAUGAGGCACAAAACAAUUCAUGAAACUGCAAACUGCACAAGGUAGCAUACAUAAAUGUCAAACCACUGUUUCAGCAAACAGAUAGGCUAUUGUUAUUAAUAAAUUGUAAACAAUGACACCAUAUAACACAUGUGAUGACCCUUUUAACAAAAUGUGACAACCUGCCUCAAGUUGACUUAUGAAAUAUAGUAACCCUUGUUCUAUACAGAAUUUUUUGUUUUUGUUAAAAUCUACCUUUACAGCUGAUGUGUGUAAUUAUUAAUUUUUUUAUGUUGAAAUUAUUUCUCGUAUCCCUACUUUAUAUGCAGAAUCAACUAUAAGCAAGCCAAUUGUACACGGAGUUCACCUAACAGUGUAACACUGUGGAGCUAUCCAAAUAUUUCUCAGUUUGUUUGAGCGGCCCGUACAACUGAGAAGGAUAUAGCUGCAGGCAGAGCUCCAAAAAGGGGCGGGAUCUAACCUAACCCUUUCCCUAACCCUAAGUGGAAGUGACACCCCCUUUUGAAAUUGCUGCAACCCCCUUUUGGAGUAACCCCGCCCCUUCUGGAGUGUCCCUGCCCAUUUAAGAGAUUCCGCCCCAAUUUGGAGAUCUCCACAAGAUCAUUAUGAAAAUAGAAUAGCUAAUGUUGAUUACUGGCUCAGCAGCAAAACCACAAAAAAAAAAAAAAAUAAGCAUUUGUGUAAUUUUACCUUUGACACAACACCUUAUAGUUACUGAGAUGUGGACCCCCUUUGUGUCUCUGUAUAACUAUAGGCUAGAUUUCAUGUUUUGUUGCUUUGAUGACUGUCAGAGGUAGAACAACUAGACUGUGUAAUUUUGGUGUGCUUUAUAUUCUAGCCACUAGAUGUCACAGUGCGUCCAUGGUACAUAAUGCUCUAGUUGGAGCACACGAGGGGACGCACCGAUUGUGAAGGUAUUGCAACCAACAAAUGUUGCCUUGCAAAGGACCAGUAGUUAUUUAUCGUUACUAACUCUACCCUAAAACACUACUUUAUUUAAAUCCUAUCACAAUAAGUUUGGAUUUUAAAAACGUAUUUUAUUUGAAAAUUAAAAGUAAUAGGCUAGUAAAUAGUAAAUUAUGGCAGGCUAGUAGGCUAUCACUCAGAUUCAGUGUGGCUUAUAAUAAACCACAUCAUGAUUAAAAAAAAAAAACAAAAAAAAAGAAUAUUAAUAACCCAUGGCAGGUCUUUUUCAAACUUGUCUUGUGCCAAAAAAUAUUUUGCUUUUGAAAGUUACAGGGCUGAAGGUGCAAAAGUGGCUAAAAAAUAUAAUUGCACUACAUCAUAUUAUUUAAAUGUAUAUUCUGGGUUCAAUACAAGCUAAGCUUAAUAGACCGCAUUAGUGGCAUAAUGUUGAUUACCGUAAAAAAUGUAUUGAAUAGUUCUUCCUUUUCUUAAAAAAAUUAAUACUGAGGUUACAGUGUGGCAUUUACAGUGCAGGUGAAUGGAGCAAAUGUUUUGGAGAGUUUAAAUGCAGAAAUGUGAAGCAUUUAAUUUUAUAAAAGCACUUUCAUCAGUUCUUCAGUAGUUGUUUAAACAGUUGUUUUUACGGUGGUUGUAGGGUUUAAGGGUUUAUGGUGUUACAUUGUCAUGGCAAUGAAGUUGUAAAAUUGGAUAUAACUUUACACAGAAACAGAUAUUAAACAAUUUUAUCACACUAAAAUCACUUACUGUAACAGUGAGUAUUUUAAUGUGUACGGAUUGGCCCCAUUGACUUCCAUUGGAAGUGCCUCACUGGAACCCAGAUUUUUGCUUUAUUUAUUUUUUUUUUUUUUUAAAGAAAAGGAGGUGCAAGUCAAAAUCAAUUUUUGUGCAAUCAUGGCAGUAUUCUUGUGAUUUAUACAACAAAAAAACAUUUUUUUUAGCUGAAAUACUUUUAAAAAAUUACAUAGUGGAAAAAAUUACAUAGUAAAAGCAUAAUUAUAUUUUGGCAUAUAUUUUAUUUACAUACUUUAUUCCAUAUAACAUUGAAAUACAACGGGGCUAAAUGGGGGUGACACAUGGCCCCUGGGGUAAAAUGCACUUUUAAUUUUAUUUCCUUCCAAAACACUAUACAGCAACAUAAACUACCACUGUACUUUCUUAAACAUUUGUUUGUCACUAUACACUGCAAAUAUUCCUGAUCCAUGAGAUCAUUGCGUGCAAUGUCUAAAGUUGUCUUUUUUUCCUUCUUCUUCUUUUUUUAUUUUUAUUUUCUCCCCUUUUCUCCCCCAAUUUGGAAUGCCCAAUUCCCAAUGCACUCUAAGUUCUUGUGGUGGCAUACUGACUCAAUCUGGGUGGCAGAGGAUGAAUCUCUGCUUCUGAGACCAUCAAUCUGUGCAUCUUAUCAUGUGGCUUGUGAGCGCGUUACCACUGAGACAUAGCGUGUAGAGGCCCAGGCUAUUCUCUGCAUCCACACACAACUCACAAUGCGCCCCACCAAGUGAGAACCACACAUUAUUGCGACCACAAGGAGGUUACCCCAUGUGACUCUACCCUCCCUAGCAACCGGGCCAAAUUGUUUGCUUAGGAGACCUGGCUGGAGUCACUCAGCAUGCCCUGGGAUUUGGACUGGCGAACUCCAGGGGUGGUAGUCAGUGUCUUUACUCGCUGAGCUACCCAGGCCCCCCUGAAGUUGUCAUAAGUGUAAUAUUGAAUCAUUUUAAAAAUGUUACAAAUUUAUGUAGCAAAUGAGAAUCCCUGAAUUUAUUGCAUUUAUUUUAGACAAAAUACUUAUUUGUAAUUUUCAGUUUUGUUCAAAGUGAUAAAUCAAAAGUUUUUAAAUAACUUUCCAAAAAGUGAAAGAAUAGUAUUUUGGGGUAAAAAGCCCUUCUGUUGCAGGGGCUAAAGGCCACUAAAAACACAUUGUUUUUCAUAAGUGGUGUGAAUAGAUUUAUAGAUUGUAUAUAGAAUUGAUUGUUUAUAGAAUACCUGCGAUGUUAUGAAAGGACAAAUGUGAUUGAAA